AUGUCUUCCUCUACACCAAAAGAUGCCGUUGAUACGGCCGAGCCUACCAAGGCGAAAGAGACUGAGUCCAAGGUUUGGAGCGACGAUAAGCGCCGAAAAUUUGAGACUAAAUCCAAGAGCGAGUUCUAUGACCCUUGCCAAGAGGCUGCGCAAGCAAGUUACAGAUGUCUGUUUAGAAAUGGAGGUGACAAGAACAUGUGUGGAGAGUAUUUCCAGGCCUAUCGCGACUGCAAGCAAGAAUGGACUGAGAAGCGAAGAAAAGAGGGACGCGGUUGGUUCUGA